AUGGCAUCAUUUGCACAAGUUGAUUCUGGCAACAGUUGGAAUAGCCCGUUUACAGUGCUAAACAUGUCGGAACAAGAAAUUAAUCAAUUUCCACGCCGUACCCUUGUCAUCGAAUUAGAAAAAAGAAACUUAUCAACAAGCGGUGAUACUCACAUUUUGAAAAAACGAUUGAAACAAAAUGUCGACUGCAGUACCAAAGAAGUGAUACAGCAAUCGUACGAGUUUUUGGCUAUCAUAGAUUUUGAAGCUACAUGUAUGGAAAAUCCACCCCCACCACAGCAUUAUGUUCAAGAAAUUAUUGAAUUUCCGAUUGUUUUAAUUGAUGUCACACAACGGAGAAUUAUUGACACUUUUCAUUCAUAUUGUCGACCGAUCAUACAUCCAAUUUUGUCAGAUUAUUGUAAAAAAUUGACUCGAAUAACACAAGAACAAGUCAAUAGUGCACCUGUAUUUGCUGAGGUAUUUGCAAAUGCUGAGAAAUGGCUUAAUGGCAGAGAAUUGUUACCAUUUCAAAAGAGGAAAUAUCUAUUUGUCACGGAUAGUCCAUCAGAUUUUAACAAAUAUUUACGUAUGCAAUGCAACAUUACUAAUAUAGUUUAUCCAAUGUGGGCGCAUAGAUGGGUUAAUGUCAAAACUACGUUUUCAAAAUUUUAUUCGACAAGAUCCGGUCGUAUCCGCAACAUGUUAGAACAAUUAGGACUUCGACUAGAAGGUCAUUUACAUUCUGGCUUGGAUGAUGCAAUAAAUAUCGCAAGAAUAGUCAUUGAACUAAUCAAAGACGGUUGUUUACUGACACCAAAUGAGUUUUAUCAUUCAUCGAUAGAAAACCACAGAGAACGUGAAUGGUUACCGACGAUGGAAGCGCAAUCUUCGAGAAUGGUAUGUCUCAACUGUUCAAGAUCUCACUCAGGGACUCAACGCACCUGUUUACGACACGAAAACCAACAUAGACGAAAUGGAACAUGCAUAGAGAGAAAACGGAACCCAGUAUCUCGCUAUUCGUUUAUUUCUCAUGAUCAAUCCGGAACACCACUGAAUACUCAAUCUUUACUAGACUUUCCCCUCCUAAACGCAGCCACCUCAGUUCCAGAUGUCGAGCGUCAUCAUAAUAGGCGUUUUACAAAGAAAUAG